AUGAAUCAAAGUGAAUAAAAUGAAGAACACUCACCUCAUAAUUCAGAAAAUGCUUCAUAAAAUGUUUCUUAAUUUUUAUAAAGAGACUAUUAUGAGAAGUUCAAACUUGGUUAAAAUCUUUAUGAAUAAUCAAUUACUUUAUCAAGAUUAUCAUUAGGAGAAAAGACAAGUGAAGAUUAUAAUAAUAAUACAUACAUAGGAUUAAUACAAAUUUAAGAACGUUUAUCAGAUGAGAUUAUUAAAAACCAAGUAAAUAAUUGACUACAAUUAGCUAGCUAUUAGAGAAUAAAGUAACAUAACUCAAUAAAGAUCUGUAGGCAGCUAUGGAACAUACAGCUUUACUUUAAAAAUAAAAUGAAAAUUAUAUAUAGAUGUUGUAAGAAGCAAAUACAAAAUUACAAAAAUAGAUUAGGAAUAAUGAAAUAGAAAAAGUAUUAAAUUAGUAAUUAAUGAAAAAAAAUUAAGAAUUAUUAGAAGUAAAUAAGUAUAAUCUUAAUCUAAUUAGUAAUUAUUAGAAAUAAAUAUAAAGUAUUGAAAAGAAGAAAUAAAUCUAGAACUUUUCAGAUUGUAAAAAUAUUAUAUUAUCUAAAUGUCAUCAAAAAUCAAAUUAAUCAAUUUGUUCUUCAAAUAGAAAUAAAGAAAAAUAAAAUCAAGGAAAUACAGAAGAAUCAACAGUUAAAGAUUCUUCUUUAAGUGAUUUUAAAUCAAAUGAUAAUCCAAGAUUUGCUGAAUCUGCAUAAUAAUUUUACAAAUCCUAAAAUUUCUGGUCUCCAGUAAAAUAGUCAUCUCCUAAAGCUUAACAUUUAAAUCUAGAAAAAAGAAUUGAGUCUACUUUAGCAUAAAUAAGAGCCAUCAAAUUAUAAAUUCAACAAUUAAAUUAAAAAUGA